UUUGGUGAGGUCUGUGGUUUCAGAAGCACUGCUGCAGCCAUGGCCCCGAUCAAGGUGGGAGAUGCCAUCCCAUCGGUGGUGGUGUUUGAAGGGGAGCCUGGGAACAAGGUGAACCUAGCAGAGCUGUUCAAGGGCAAGAAGGGGGUGCUGUUUGGAGUCCCUGAAGCCUUUACCCCCAGCAGUUCCAAGACCCACCUGCCAGGGUUUGUGGAGCAGGCCGGAGCUCUGAAGGCCAAGGGAAUCCAGGUGGUUACAUGUUUGAGUGUUAAUGAUGUUUUCGUGACUAAAGAAUGGGGACGAGCCCACAACACGGAAGGCAAGGUUCAGCUCCUGGCUGACCCCACUGGGGCCUUUGGGAAGGAGACAGGUUUGUUACUAGAUGAUUCAUUGGUGUCCCUUGGGAAUCAACGGCUCAAGAGGUUCUCCUUGGUGAUAGAGGAUGGCAUAGUGAAGUCCUUGAAUGUGGAGCCUGAUGGCACAGGCCUCACCUGCAGGCUGGCCCCCCAAAUCAUCUCACAGCUCUGAGGCCACAGGCCCAGAAGUGCUCC